AUUAGCCUGGGUUAACACGGCUCGGCACGGCGCUGCGGUGAGGCUGCUCGGCAGGCUGGGAGCGGAUGUAGAUCAGGACGUCGAAUCGGAUCGUUUGGUUCUGGUUUCUGUUCGGGUCUCUGUACCCGGCUGUGAUUGACAGGCGGUGAGCGGGUUAAUGAACCGGUGCGGUGCUGUACUGUCUCUGAUCUGGAUCAGCUCCGACACGGUCAGUCCAGAAUUAAAGUACUUCACACGACGAGCUCCGUUUAAAAAUCUAGGAAGUCAAUCCGAAACUGUGAUAGACUCUGCGGGGUUUGGACGGACGGUGAGAGGAGAGAUCCGGAUCAGCGAGGUCCACAGAAGGGGUUUUCUCAUGUUGGGUCUCAGCCGAACUGAAGUAACAUCCGUGAGACCUCUGAUUCAAGUUUAACCCUGCUUCUCUGCGUCGGUGUUAGAAUGUCUGAAGAGGGGGACCAGUCCCAGUCCACCCAGUCCACCCAGUCCCCGUCCCAGGCCCUUUCCACCCAGUCCCCAUCCCAGUCCAAGUCCCACUCCCAGCAUGGUUCCAGUUCCUCCAGUGGGCCGACCUCAGGUAGCCAGUCGUCCAGCGGCUCGGGGACCCUGAGCAGCCUGGACACCAUCCCCGUCACCCUGCCCUCUGUCCCUGAGGAGCCCGAACCACAACCCUGGGGCCGGCUGCUGCCCAUGGCCCAAGGCUUCAGGAGCCACGACUGUGUAGAGGAGCAGUACCUGUUUGGACGGGACUCGAAGUGUAACUACGUCCUGAAUGAUCCUGAUAAUCCAGCGUCAAAAAAGUUCAGAAUCUACAGCAAGAAACACUUUAAGAUCUACAGAGAGGGCAGUAAGGUCUUUGUGGAGGACUACAGUAAUAACGGGACGUUUGUUGAUGGGAUCCUGAUCGGUAAAGACAGGAAGCUUCCUCUGGUCAACAACGCCGUCCUUGCUCUGGCUGAACAACGGAACAAAGUCUUUGUCUUCAUCGACCUGAUGUCUGACGAUCAGUCCAGUUUACCCAAAGAGCUUCAGGAGAAAUAUCUGCUGACUCAACGCAUCGGAACAGGAGUCUGUGGUGAAGUCAAACUGGCCUUUGAGAGAUCAACCUGUAAGGAAUACGCAGUGAAAAUAAUAAACAAGAAAAACUUUAAGUCUGAAGGGACGGCGAUACGAAACGCAAAGACAGAGAUUGAGAUCCUCCAGAGGAUCGACCACGUGAGUCUGACACCAACGAAGAAGAGACUCAGACACAGACACAGACUGUUCCUUUAUGACCAAACGGCAACUCCUUCUCCUCCUCUCCUCCUCCUCUCCUCUCCUUCUCUCCUGCAGCCUUGUCUCAUAAAGACUGAGGACUUCUAUCAGACAGAGGACAGUUACUACAUCGUGUUGGAGCUGAUGGAGGGAGGUGAACUGUUCCACAGAGUCAAGUCUAAGCAGCAGCUCAGCGAGUCCACGGCCAAACUUUAUUUCUACCAGAUGCUCCGAGCCGUCCAGUACCUCCACAGUAACGGGAUCAUCCACCGGGAUCUGAAACCAGAGAACGUCCUGCUGUCCUCUCAGGACGACGUCUGUCUCGUUAAGGUGACAGACUUUAACCAGUCCAGGAUCCUGGAGGAGGCGGCGCUGAUGAGGACUCUGUGCGGGACGCCAUCUUACCUCGCCCCCGAAGUCUUCACCCACGCCUCCACCACAGGGUACGGACUCGCCGUCGACGCCUGGAGCCUUGGAGUCCUGCUGUUCGUCUGUCUGGGGGGGUAUCCUCCCUUCCAUGAGAGUUUCGGUCGUCAGUCGGUCAGAGAUCAGAUCAUCAGAGGAGAGUUCACCAUGGUUCAGUCCAAGUGGAGACAUGUCUCUGACCAAGCAAAGGAUGUGGUGAGGAAGCUGCUGGUCGUUGAUCCCAGUCAGAGAAUGAGCAUCGAAGAAGCUCUGCAGCAUCCAUGGCUCCAGGACCGUGUGAUGGUGGAGACGGCUCACAGCCUCAUGUUCCCUGCCGGAGACGCCGCCGCUGCUGUGGCCCCGCCCCCUGACUCCCCCCCCCCACAGGAGGCAGGGCCAGCGCCAAGUUCCUCCAGGAGGAAACGAGGGCGAGAUGAAGGAGACGAGGAGGAGGAGGAGCAUCCAGCCAAACGGAGCCAAGCCCCGCCCACUGCCCCACUGUAGAGGACCAAUCAGAUUCAGGCGUUCCUCAGGUCAUGUGACUACUGAAACAUCCACUGUAAAUAAAGUUUCUACUGUUUUCUAAUAAAGUUGUUUAUAUUUUUCA